AUGAUUUCACCAAUAAGAUCAUUGUGUUUUAAUGAUGAUCAUGAAACAUUUACAAUUGUUCUACCAUCGCAAUACAGAGUUUUCAGAUGUGAUCCUUUCGGAAUGAUUCUUGGUCGCGAAAUGGAAGAAUACUCUUUAGGAAACGUAGCUACAUAUGAUGGAUAUAGAUUCCUUGCUAUAACAGGAUCUCCAUCACCACCAGAUUUUAACAGCAAAUGCAUUAAGAUUUUUGAUCACUCUACCGGACAAAUUAAAUUCGAACAUCAAUUCAAUGAGCAUAUCCUUACAAUGAAACUCGGAGAUGGCUUAGUUGUAAUCAAUAUGCACUGUCGUAUCGAGAUUUGGAACACAAAUACAAAAGAAUUAUUCUCUGCUUUGGAUAUUGGAUUAAAUGUCCACUGCCCUCUUUGCAUUGCCCCUGAUUCCAAGUCUAUCAUCUGCAGCGGACAAGAUGAUAAAAAGAUUUGGCUUUGUAACAAUAUCCGCGAAAAGAAUCUCGCAAAACGCAAUUGCGGCGUGGAAGAAAAAGGCGUUUCCAUUUCUCUUUCUGCAUAUAAUAGAAAUGGAACUUUAUUUGCAAUCGCUACUUUUGGCGGUGAAAAAAUUUACAUUUUUGACGCCAAAAUGCUAAACUGCAUUGCAACACUUGAGCGUGGCAAUCCAGGCGACAUCAUACAAUCAAUCGAUUUCUCACCAAACGAAUAUUACAUUGCAACUUGCUCUAAAGACGCAGAAGUAAGAGUUUUCGAUAUCAGAAAGAAUUCUAGAGGUGCAAACGUUCUUCAACAACCUGUUAUAAAGGUUAAAUUACCUUCUGUUACGAUGCCAAGAAUUUGCUGGAUAAAAAACGAUGUUAUCGGAGUCACAUCGCUUGAUGGCGAUUUCCACAAGAUUACAUUGAAAGAUGAAACGAAUUUCGAAGUUCAAACUUCACCUUUCUUGAAGAGAUCUGAUUAA